GUUUGCAUUUUAGCUCGUGAUGAGGACGGCGGAGUAAAAGGCGCCAGUGUUUGGUGUCCUUCGCGAGAGAAACAUCCCAAACUGCUGCAUGAGGUUUUAAAACCCGAAACGGAGCUACAAAGAGCAGGUCGGGGAGAAGUUGAGGAGAGACACUUCAACAUGAACUCUGAGAGUAAACUGUCAGCUGACCAGUGGAGAGAUGUCCAGAAAGUGAUUGUUGGUGAAGAACAUCAGCAGGAGUGGAGCUCCAGUCAGGACCAGGAGGACACAAACCCCCCAAACAUUAAAGAGGAACAGGAGGGACUCCAGAUCAGUCACAAUAAAGAGCAGCUUCAAGGGCCCGAGGAGGCCGAUAUCACCAAGUUCACAUUCACUUUGGUCCCUGUUAAGAGUGAAAAUUAUGAAGAGAUACCUACGUUCUCACAGCUUCAUCAAAGACAAACUGAAGAGAUUAAAACAGAAGCUGAUGGAGAGGAUUGUGGUGGAUCAGAAACAGCCAUGAAAUCAGAUCCAGAUACACAUUUACAACCAGACACUGAUGACAAGACUGAGGACUCUUCUAAACCUGAGGAUGAUGACAAUGCUGAUUGGAAAGAGACCAGAGAACCUCAGUCAGGUUUAAACUCUCUGAAUAAUGAUAGAUUCCCUGUUAGUGAUUCAAGAUGUACUACUGAUGAGUGUGGGAAAAGAUUUGGCACCAAUGGAGAUGUGACGAGGCACAUGAGAUCUCAUACAGGAGAAAAAACAUUUAGCUGCUCAAUCUGUAAGAAAGAUUUUGGAAGGAGUGGAAGUUUAAAGAGACACAUGAUAAUUCACACAGGAGAGAAACCAUUUAGCUGCUCAGUCUGUAAGAAAGAUUUUAAACGGAGUGGAAACUUAGAGACACACAUGAGAAUCCACAAAGGAACGACACCAUUUAGCUGCUCAGUCUGUAAGAAAGCUUGUGAAGGGAGUGGAGAAUUACAGGCACACUUGUUAAGCCACACAGGUGAGAAACCAUUUAGCUGCUCAAUUUGUAAGAAAGAUUUUGUAAAGCGUGGAAACUUAGAGAUACACAUGAGAAUCCAUACAGGUUCAAACUCUCCGAAUAAUGAUAGAUUCCCUGUUAGUGAUUCAAGACGUACUAAUGUUGAGAAAGCAUUUAGCUGCUCUGAGUGUGGGAAAAGAUUUUGCACCAAUGGUGACGUGACGAGGCACUUGAGAACUCAUACAGGAGAGAAACCAUUUAGCUGCAGAAUCUGUAAGAAAGCUUUUACCGUGAGUGGAAAUUUACAGACCCACAUGAGAAUCCACGCAAGAGAGAAACAACUUAGCUGUUCAAUUUGUAAGAAAGAUUUUGUAAAGCGUGGAAACUUAGAGAUACACAUGAGAAUCCAUACAGGUUCCAUCUCUCUGAAUAAUGAUAGAUUCCCUGUUAGUGAUUCAAGAUGUACUACUGCUGGGAAACCAUUUAGCUGCUCUGAGUGUGGGAAAAGAUUCAGCACCAAUGGAGAUGUGACUAGGCACAUGAGAUCUCAUACAGGAGAGAAACCAUUUAGCUGCACAAUCUGUAAGAAAGCUUUUACCGUGAGUGGAAAUUUACAGACACACAUGAGAGUCCACACAGGAGAGAAACCAUUUAGCUGCGCUGAGUGUGGGAAACGUUUUGGCACCAAUGCAGAUGUGACGAGGCACAUGAGAUCUCAUACAGGAGAGAAACCAUUUAGCUGCUCAGUCUGUAAGAAAGCGUUUACAGAGAGUGGAAAUUUACAGACACACAUGAGAAUCCACACAGGAGAGAAACCAUUUAGCUGCUCUGAGUGUGGGAAAAGAUUUGUCACCAAUGGAGAUGUGAAGAGGCACAUGAGAUCUCAUACAGAUGACAAAUGAUUUAGCUGCUCAGUUUAUAUGAAAGAUAUUGGACAGAGUAGACACUUAGAGAAACACACGUGAGAAUCCACAACGGAGAGCAACCAUUUAGCUGCUCCGUCUGUAAGAUAGCUUUUACAGCGAGUGGACGUUUACAGACACACCUGAGAACUCAACACAAGAGAGUUACAAGCUAAGUCUGUCAC